GCAUACUCGAUUCGCAACUCAUGAACGUCGGACGUGUUCCUCCAAACGCAGCCAGAAUCGUCACGAAAAUUCAAAAGAGACUCGUGUCAUCGUUUAUCAAUAUUUAAUCUGCUGCAUGCUGUCUGUCGCGCCGGGUUGCAGUCAAAAAAUUGCUCAGUUUCAACAUUGUUUAAGACAUUUCAAAAUUUACUUGGCUCACACGUUAGUUCAGACAGCGUCGAGUGUCAUUGUUGUUGUGCCGAAAUACUCAUAAAUACUUGAAACAACAACAAAUACACACAAUGGGUUCGAUGCUCUGUAAGGAAUACAAAACUACGGGGAAGGUAACGCCCAAUCCAGAACAGGUCCCAGGUGCCGUUGGUUCUUAUCAAUCGAAGUGCAGCACGGAAAAGAUGUCGUCCAGUGGAAAUGUUGUGGAGGAGCUGGAUGUGGAGUAUACGGCACCUGUGGCCGUCUGCAAGGCGACUGAUCUCACGGAGAACGAGAUGAAGCAAUUGGAAUUCGAUGAGGAUACCAAAAUUCUUCUCGUUAAGCAGAAUGGACGCUUCCAGGCGGUCGGUUCCAAGUGUACACACUAUGGUGCACCGCUGCACACUGGAGCCCUGGGAUCGGGUCGUGUUCGUUGUCCCUGGCAUGGGGCUUGCUUCAAUCUAAAGACGGGUGACAUAGAGGAUUUCCCUGGCUUGGAUUCAUUGCCCUGCUACAAGGUGGAUGUCACCGAUGGCCAGGUAAUGGUGCGGGCCAAGCAUAGUGAUCUGGCCAACUCGAAGCGUCUUAAGAAUAUGGUCAAGAGGAAUCCCCAGGAUGAUCGUUGUUUCAUUGUCGUCGGCGGCGGUCCGUCGGGUGCCGUCUGUGUGGAAGCAUUACGUCAGGAGGGAUUCACCGGUCGCCUAAUCCUGGUGUGCCGCGAACAGUAUUUACCCUACGAUCGUGUCAAGGUUUCCAAGGCGAUGAACCUGAACAUCGAGUCUCUCCAAUUCCGCGACGAGCAAUUCUACAAGGAUUACGAUAUUGAACUGUGGCUCGGCGUCAGUGCCGAUAAAUUGGUCACGGCACAAAAGGAACUCCACUGCUCCAAUGGCUAUGUGGUGAAAUAUGAUAAGAUCUACAUUGCCACCGGCUGUUCGGCCUUUAAGCCGCCAAUUCCCGGCGCUGAUCUUGAAAAUGUGAUGACAGUACGUGAAUUUAGCGAUGCUUCAAAGAUCUUGGCAUCGAUUACGCCCGAAUCGAAGAUCGUUUGUCUGGGAUCCAGUUUUAUUGCCUUGGAGGCGGCCGCAUUCCUUGUCUCGAAGACGGCCAGUGUGACGGUCGUUGGAAGGGAGAAUGUGCCGCUCAAGGCGGCAUUUGGUGAACAGAUUGGAGCACGAGUGUUAAAAUUGUUUCAGGAUAAUAAGGUAAACAUGAUCAUGGAGAGCGGCAUCACCGAGAUCAUUGGCAACGACGAAGGCAAAGUGGUUGAGGUACAGCUGGCUGAUGAAACCCGUAUACCCUGUGAUCUGCUCAUCAUGGGCACCGGCUCUACGCUUAAUACUCAGUUUAUGGCCAAGUCGGGAGUGCGUUUGAAUAAGAAUGGAUCGGUUGAUGUCACCGAUUUCAUGGAGUCCAACAUACCCGAUGUCUAUGUGGGCGGCGAUAUUGCCAAUGCGCAUAUCUAUGGCUUGGCCCAAUCCCGUGUCACCAUCGGGCAUUAUCAGCUGGCGCAAUAUCACGCCCGGAUUGCGGCGAUCAACAUGUGUGGCAGUGUCAAGAAGGCGGAGGCGGUGCCCUUCUUCUUUACCAUGCUAUUUGGCAAAGGUAUACGCUAUGCGGGAUACGGCAGUUACACGGACAUCAUCAUCGAUGGCAGCCUCGAGGAUCUAUCAUUUAUCGCAUACUUUGUCAAUCAUGCCGACACCGUUACGGCAGUUGCAUCCUGUGGCCGUGAUCCAAUUGUCGCUCAAUUUGCUGAGCUCAUCUCCCAAGGCAAAUGCCUGGGACGCAAUCAGAUCGAGGAUCCCUCAAAUCGUCAGGCCUGGACGGCGAUGCUCAAGGAGCCGGUGCCCAAAGUGCGCUAAGGAUUCACUCGAAGCUCAAUUCAGUUCGAUGACCCCAUGCCAGUAUGUGUGAUUAUUACUCGCUGCAUUCAGAUAUUGCUGCUCAUAGAUACAUGCAUAUAUAUACAUAUGUAUAUAUGUGUGUAUUUUAAAUUUGUGUGUAUAUAUAUAUAUUGUUAAAUUUGUUAAUGUGUACAAGUUGAGGGCGCACAUCUAUCUGUCCAUAUACAAAUUUGUAUUAGUCUGGAAACUUUUUUGCUCAGUUUUUGAAUUAUGUCAUGACUGUGUGUUGUAUCUAAUCUUGUACUGAGAUUUGUACAAUAAAUACGUUGCAUUUUCUUAUCAGCAAA